GCUCUCGCCACAGGUACCACGCAACACCACCACCUUCAGUUCUUCCUCUUCUUCUUCAUCAUCCAUCGAUUCAUCAAGCAUGAGUACACGGAUACACCCUUCGUCUUCGGACGCCGCCGGCCGUGCCCGUCGUCGCCGGGCUGCGGCGGCGGCGGUGGCGGAACGGGAACGUCGGCCGGCGGUGUACACGGUGUGGAAGAGGUCCAGCAUGGGCUUCCAGGGCACCGACGGCUUCUGCGUCUACGACGACGCCGGCAACCUCGCGUUCCGCGUCGACAACUACUCCCGCCGCCGGAAGCUCUGCGCCGGCGAGCUGCUGCUCAUGGAUGGCCACGGCACGCCUCUCCUCUCCCUCAGGCCACAGCUUCUCAGCCUGCACGACCGAUGGAACUGCUACACGGCAACGGAAAACGCCGCCGUCGACAAGAAGGCGUCUUCCACUUCGCCGGCGCAGCAUCAAGUCUUCACGAUGAGCAGGUGCUCAGCUCUGCGUAGCAGCAGCGACAACGCAGAGGUCCACAUGUCAUCCUCAAGAGCAGGCUCUACUGCUGCUGCAUCGUCAUCAUCGUCGUCUUCUACCUUCAGCUGCAAGCACCCGCAGUCCGUGUCCACCGCUCCUCCCGGCUACCGAGUGGAGGGUACCUUCUCGAGGCGGAGCUGCAAGAUCCGGCAUGGCAGCGACGGCAGGGAGGCGGCACGGAUAACGAGGAAGAGCGCCGGCGUCGCGUCCAGGCCGGUGGCCACGCUCGGGGACGACGUGUUCAGCCUCGUUGUCCAGCCGGGCGUCGACGUGGCCACCAUCAUGGCGAUCGUCGUCGUCAUGGACAGGAUCUGUCGCAGGCCGUACACGCCCAUGGUGUGCUCUUCACAGUAGGCAGUUCAUGGCGAGAUAGACAGACAACCAUGUAAACUGUAGCAGUAGCAGAUCAUGCAGAAGUGUUCCUUCCCUCCAAGAGUAAGCAGAAAUGCGUAAAAAAAGUUUUGAUUUGAGGAAGGUAGGCAUAGAGACAGUGUGACCUCAGGAUGCAAAAGGACAGGAGAAAAUGACAUGCAUUUGCUA